GGUCAAUCGAAUCGAACGUUGUUCUUCCCUUCUGCUUCGCGGUUGACGUCAGUGCUUUCCCCGCCUGAACCCUAGAACUAGUGAACCUCCGGUCGUCCUGUUGCCUCUGUUUCAGAGCUCAGGAGCUGUUCCUUCGUUCCUCAGUUGAACUGACUUUAAUCAUUAGCAGCUAGGAAAACGAUGGUGAGCCAGCGGCAAAGAUUGGCUCGCAAGCGGUACAAAGAAGCGCAUCCCGAGCUGUUCCCCGAACCGGAGCCGACCCCUCCUGAAGACCCCGACAAGAAUAACAAGAAGAAGAAGAAGAAGAGUCUCAAGUUCAAACGCAAGAAUUCAGGCUCGGGAGUCCCGAAUGGACACGCCAGGCAAUCCUUCAAGAAACACCCGCUUCGUCUUCCCGGCAUGAAGCCCGGGGAGGGCUGCUUUAUCUGCAAAGGAACCGACCAUAUCGCAAAGCUCUGCCCUCAAAAAUCCCAGUGGGAGAAGAACAAGAUAUGUUUGUUCUGUCGCCAGCGAGGGCAUAGCCUCAAGCAUUGCCCCAACAAGAACGAUGACUCGGUGGAUGUGAAGCUCUGUUACAACUGUGGGGAGACGGGGCAUUCUCUUGCAAAUUGUUCCCAGCCUAUUCAAGAUGGAGGGACGAAGUUUGCAAGCUGCUUUAUUUGCAAAGAUCGCGGGCACUUGAGUAAAAACUGCCCUCAAAAUACUCGCGGUAUUUAUCCAAAGGGUGGUUGCUGUAAAGUAUGUGGUGGAGUGACACACUUGGCGAAAGAUUGCUCUGAAAAGGGCAAGAGAGGUUCUUCUGCGGCUUAUGGAAACAGUAAUCGAUUUGCAGAUGAGGAUAGGCCUAGACCUCAGGUGACCCGAUUCAUCAGCGGGGAUGAUCUAGAAGAUGACUUUCUGAUGGAUGUAGCAUCUACUGAUAAGAAACGGAAAGAUUCUGCUUCUGUAGCCGAUCCUUCUUCCCAGAAAGAUGGUGAAGUAAAACCAAAGAAAAGGGGUCCCAAAGUCAUUAAUUUUGUGGGAAUGAAAGUUGAGACAUUGCAGUUGCCAGUCGGAUCUCUUCCUCUUCUACUACACUUUCAUUCCUCUUCCCUUUCUUUUGGCUUUUCUCUUCCUCUGUCUCUCCAUAGCUUCUGUCUCUCCUUGCAGACCAAAAUGGCGAACGCGGCAUCGGGAAUGGCUGUGGAUGAUGAGUGUAAGCUGAAAUUCUAUGAGUUGAAAGCUAAGAGGAACCAUCGGUUCAUUAUCUUCAAGAUUGAGGGCCAGAAAGUCGUUGUGGAAAAGGUAGGAAGCCCUGAAGAGACAUAUGAUGAUUUUGCCAACUCCUUGCCCGCUGAUGAGUGUCGCUACUGCGUGUUCGAUUUCGACUUCAUAACCGAUGAGAACUGCCAGAAGAGCAAGAUCUUCUUCAUUGCCUGGUCGCCUGAUACAUCGAAGGUGAGAAGUAAGAUGGUGUAUGCGAGUUCUAAAGAUAGGUUCAAGAGGGAACUCGAGGGGAUCCAAGUGGAGUUGCAAGCUACGGAUCCAAGCGAGAUGAGCCUUGAUAUCAUAAAAGGGCGAGCGCUGUAGGAGCGCCUCAGCUGAUAUUCAUUAUUGUCUCUCCCAUCCCGAUUACGGCGGCUGGCUUCCAAUUGAUAUAUACAUGUUUUAUGUUGUCUGACGUCUGAACCACUCGAUUUUGUCUACUCAGAACGUUCAUCGUACUGCUCAUUAUUUCAAACAUAUGCUAGACUUCAAUGUAUCGAUUUCGAUUUAUACUGUAACUAUGUUAUAUUAAUUAACACGUCCUGUCAACACCACCAUUUGAUCCUA